AUGUGGACUCCAUACACGAGCGCCGCGCUCUUCUGCGCCUUCAGCUCGCACGCUGCCGGUUGCCCUCCAGAUCCAUACAACGGUACCGCUGCCGAUGGAACUGUUGCUCUCACCCAGCCUUACUACCCCACCACCGCUGACUGCGUGGAAUACAACAUUCUCGUCUCCGUCUCCUACGAGCGGGCCAUUUUCAACUUCACCCACUGGGAGGACAACUACGCAUUGGAGCAGUUUUUUGCAGAUGUGACUACACGACCCAGUGCCGGCUUCCCCGGGAUCGUCAGUGGUACGGAGCUGACCCAGGCGAAUUACACGAUCGCUGCGUCUUUCUGCACACCCAAGAAGCCGAAUGGCAAGGAGAAGAAUGUCAUUCUUGCUACCCAUGGGAUCGGCCCGGCGAGGGAGCAUUGGAAUUCGUCUUACCAGCCGAAAGAGUACAGCUUUGUGCAGUAUGCCGUUGAGAAAGGGUUCUCGGUAUUCUUCUAUGAUCGUGUGGGGUGUGGUGACUCUUCGGUUGAGUCUGGGUAUGUGACGCAGCUCAACACGCACAUUGCUGUUUUGCAAGAGCUCUCCAAGGUGGUUCGCUCAGGUCAAUACACUGGAGCCGUUGGCCAGCCGUCUAAGGUCAUAUUACAAGGAUUCAGCUUUGGCUCGUACAUCGUUCACAACGCCAUCGCAGCUACACCGGAAAUUGCAGAUGCCGUUGUCUUGACUGCCAUCGGGCUCAAUCUCACCCUCGGUAUCAACGCCAAUGGCUUGGUCCGCUCCUUCGUCAACCGCAUCGCUUCGCUACAGAACCCUCAGCGCUUUGGAGAGCUUGAUACUGGUUACUGGUCUUGGGUUGAUAAGUAUGCUCUGGCUGAGAACUACUUCCGCUAUCCCUACUACGAUCCCGGCGCCGUCGACUUCGUGGAAUCGACCAAAGCACCGUAUUCGGUGGCUGAAUUUCUGACCUUUCCCACCGUCGCCGAUGCCUCGAACUUCACCGGUGCUGCCCUGGCCAUCACGGCGGAGACUGACUAUAUCGUCUGUGAUGGCUACUGCCCGGGUGUCUUCGACGAGCCGGGAAGAACAUACUACAAGAACGCCAAGCCGUUCGUGCCGUACUUGCACCCUGAUUGCUCACACCACCUGAACUUCCACCACAACGCAACCGGAGCGUUCGGGGUCAUCACGGACUUCCUAGCCGAGAACGUGUUCUAG